UCGCCUUAUGCGCACGGAUUUCAAAUAAGAGGCAGCAACUGGCGGAAUUUUACUUUGGAGCUUUUUAUUCGGGUAGAGCCAGUGAGCCGAAAGUUAGCUCGGCGGUUAAAACGAGGGAAGCAAGAGUCUUCUUUGGAUAACGAUAUCAACAAGCGUGAGAAAUCUACGUUACAUUGUUUAUGUUUCACUGUACGAAAGUCAUCAUGAAAUGCCCUCGCUACGAGGCGACCAGGGCCAACAAAAUGGAGAAGAGCUCUGCUGCAGAGUCCAGGGUGCUGCACCUCAAAGCUUCCCCAGGGAAAGAGCCAACCCCCCUCAAACCGAAGUGCCCACCUGCUAGAGGGACUACGGUGUUGUUCUCUGUCAACAACAGCACCAAAGCAGUCAAUAACAAGGAAUACAGCAGGGAGCCUGACCGGACUCUGGAUGACGUGUUUGAGGACAGUGGCUAUCUGUCUUUGCACAACAGUCAGAUUGAUGAUCACCACGGGGAUGAAGAGAAUGACCAAAUCCAGGGAAAACCCACAGCACCCCUGCUGCCUUCUGCUGCUGCACAUCAAGAAAAGUUGAUAUCACCCAAGAAUUCUCCCUCCAAAUGUCAUGGGAGGACAAACUCUAGCCAUCCAGUAUCCCUGGUGGCAGCUUUCACUCCAGUGGGUCGUACUAGGAGGAGAACAGCAGCAUACUCUCUGUCAUCCACCCCAUCUCAGCAUCAAAACGACCCCAACCUGCCUAUACUGAAUUUCCAGCGGGCUGUGUGUAAAGAGCUUGAAAAAGACUAUCAAAAAAAUAAAAGGUAUGACUGGAACAUUGUCACAAAGGUCGCUGAGGAUCAUCUUUUGGAUCGGGUGAUCGGAGGCCAGAUGGGCUUGGAGUACAUUGACAUGUUUUCAUCACUGCUCUGCAGGAACAUGAAAAUCAUCCUGUCCAACAUCCUGGCCCUGCUGGGAGAUAUGGACCUAAUUAGCUGUAAGAAAGUGAGCAAGACAUGGAGGAGGGUCAUCUGUGAAGAUGCAGCAUCUCUGAGCAGAUGUGAAAGAGCCGAGCAGUCAUUAUGGGAGUCAAGGAGCUCUCUGAGACAAAGCGGCUGCGGUCUGACAAGAGAUGUAGGUGUGUCCAGGGUGGUGCUGUCCUGCAUGCAGACCCUGGCCUCCUCAAGCACUCCCUCCUCUUCCUCAUCCACCCCAACAUGCAGGGUCAACAGGCGGACGGCUUGCUCUCAGAAGGCUCCCCUACAUACACGCUUUGAUGAAUAUGUGCAGGCCGCCAGCACUCUGAAACAGCACCAGUCUCUACGUCACUGCAAGCUUUGUGGUUCACCAGCAACACAUUUGCCUGAGGUUCAGAGGGCCACUUGCACGCGCCUCAGCUGUCUCUUUGACUUCUGCACCCACUGCCAGGAGGCCUUCCACGGCUCGACCCCCUGCAGAGUGGUGCAACCCCGACUCUCCUCCAAGACCACCCUGAUCGUCCCAGGCAGCGCUCGCAGCAAGAGGAACAUCAGGCGCUUGUGACAGAGCUUUACUGAGGUUUUAAUCACUGACUGUUUUUAAAUGGGCAGGUCAUCUUUCUCUACACUGGCAGCUGUUCCAUUGGGUCUCCCUGACCCAAAAGCUCGGACGGCUUUUUAGACAUCUCUGCUCUGUAAUGUGCUGAACUCUGGCUCUACUUACAAAAUCAACUGACUGAAGCACUUGUUUGAAACACUACUGGGACAAUCAACCAGAAAGUGUCAUCCGGCUAAAACUGUUGUCGUCUGCGAGCGACAAACACAUCUAGUGUCAAGAUAAGAAAGAAAUGCACGCUGUUACGCUUUAAAUUGUACAGUUUUAUUAUGUUUUAAAAUGAAAUGGAUGUGCAUGUGUAUAUAUAUAUUGUCACUUUUUUUUUAAUAGUUUUGUAUUUGUUCUUUUAAAUAAAUGUUGGUGUAUAUACAUAUUUACUGUAUUUGUAUUUCCUGUAAAUAUACGUUUCAUAAAACUUA